AUGUCUCACUUCAACUGCAGGAAUCCUUUCAGCAAAUCUUCAGGGGAUGCUGCAAUGUGGAUACUGGAGUCAACGGGGGAAUUCCUGAACGGGAAGCGUGUAUGGCUCCGACCCGGCAAGCGCUAUCUCUUCGGAAGAGCCGAUGAGCCUGGUGUCUCUCAUGGCAGCACAAGCCGUUCGGUCUCGCGCAAACACAUGUCUAUCGAGGUGGCUACCGUGACACCCCGCGAUGGAACACGCGCACACGCCCGGACAAAAGUUACAGUGACCGACCUCGGCUCGACGAAAGGAACCUUUGUGGAUGGUGAGAAGCUCACUGGUGAGCGCAUACUCGAUGGAGCGGACCACAGCAUCGUCUUGGCUAAGGCUGCUUAUGCAGUCAGUCUUAAAUGGGAACCCGUCGUGCUCAGUUUCUCAUUCUCUUCCAGGGAGAUGAAGGCUGAAGAUCCCCUCGCCAAAGUACGCGCUCGACUAGAAUCCCUCGAUAUCAAAACUAUCAUCCCAUAUCUGGUGGACCAAACCACCCACGUCGUUCAAAAUAAACGCAACACCGCAAAAGGUCUGCAAGCCUUGAUAAAUGGCAAAUACAUCGUCAAGAAUUCAUACCUCGAUGCCAUCGAAUAUGCAACCACCCCCACCGACUUAGAGAGCGAGGCUGCCCUGUGUCCUCUAGAAAUUGACUUCGAUUCCGCCUGGCCAGACCCAAACGAGCACCUCCCCCCAGCGGGCAACGAACCAACCAGUCGUCCCGCGGAAGCAUUUGCGCCCAACUCGGAUCGCAUCAACGUCUUUGAAAAAUAUACAUUUGUGUUCGGAGAUACGACCCAAUUCGACAAUCUACAAGCGGCGAUCACAAAUGGGCACGGGAAAGCUCUUCUCUAUGAGGUCAAGGACGGCGAGACAACCGCAGCGGAGGUUGUCCGAUUCAUGAAAAAGGCAGCAGGAAACCAGGGCAUUGGGAAUGAACGAGUCGGGAAAAGUGGUGUUGUCCUCGUGCGCUUCCGGUCCAAGGGGCACUACGAGUCAUGGUCAAUUGAGGUUGGCAAUGAAGUCGCUUUGAUGACGGACCAACGUGUAAUUGAGCAGCGUGAGUUUCUUGACGCUAUUCUGAGCAACGAUGCCGCCCCGUUAUGUCGCCCACUGCCGCAUGAAGAGGCAUCCAGCCAAGUCUCCAUCACUCCAGCACCCGACGAACCAUCGCCGCCAUCACAACCACCAGUAAUUCGAGAUGAGACAUCUAUAUCAAUAUCACCGCCAACGCCAAGCCAGCCGCCCGCGUCACGCGUCAAAGCAGGCCGUGAACGUAAAUACGUGAGCAAAAUGAAAACAUUCGAUGAUGGAUUCGAUAUGGACUCUAUCCCUGUCUACGAGCCAGGGCCAGAUGAGACCGUCGAUACACAACCAUUGGAUUUCGAGCCCAUCGAGGAGUCAAACACCAAUCAACCGAUGCCCACACUGGAGGAAGAAAAUGAAGAUGCUGAUAAAGAUGCCGUCUCUGAUCUCCUCCCCGGUGCCCAGGCCAUGAAGCGCCGACGAGCCGAGAUGGGCGAUGAUCAACCUACACCCGCCAAGCGCAUCAAAGCAGAACCCGCCCCAAAACCCCUGCGUCGCAAGAUAGAUGUGUUGGAGGAGGCACGGAAGCAUCGCGAGGAAGAAGAAAAACAGCAACAGGCCGAAGAGGACACUGCUCACUCCGAGGAAAUCGACGUUGAAACCCUCCGUAACCUUGCCAUUGUCGAGGAGAUGGAGCUACCUGUUCGACAACCCCCUGCACGAGAGGAAAAUACUCCAGACCGCUGGGAGGAACAGUGGAAUGGACGCAAGAACUUUAAGCGAUUCCGGCGCAAGGGAGAACCCCGUCAUGCUCGCCAACGCGUGCAAAGCGUCAUCGUCUCGCUGGAAGAAGUGACUCGCAAAGACUUUGGCAUCGGUGAACACUACUGGAGCAGCAAUCGCAAGCCAUCCGAUCAAGCUCCCGCUGUGGAAGUGGAAGAAGUGGAAGUGGAAGCGGAUGAACCUCCAGCGAUAACGACAACGACUAGUCAACCUAGUCGCAAUGAGCGAUCCGUAUCACGGUCUCAAUUGUCUGUACCGGAGACCUCUACCCCCAAUCCAACUGCCGAAUCGCAAAGCACUCUCGAUCGCAGUCGCAGCCAGAAACGACCUCGUCCAGUGCAAGAUUCGGAGAGUGACGAUGAACCCAAGUUCCGGUUCCGCCGCAAGCGCUAG